GCUCUUCACGGCGUCCCGCAGUGCGUUUCAACUGGCUGGAGCAGAGCAGACACGGAAUUUUGCAGACCUCCUCCACUGCCUCGGCGACUGCCUGGAUGAGCAGGGGAAGCACGAUGAGGCUUUCAGGAUCUUCAAGCAAGCGCAGCAUGUCUUCGAGCUCUGUGGGCUCAGCAAGACGACGAACUACGCCGAGUUGCUGGCUAACAUGGCGGACUGCAUGAAGAAGCAAGGCCUGGAGAAGGAUUCCGCUCAGGUCCUCGACAAG